AUGCUUUCUAAGACCAGCAUAUUCAUCUAUAUUAUAUUAGUGACAAGAGUCCUAAUUUAUGGAUUCACUAAAGUUUCAAAUUCAGCUUACCAUAUUAUUCACAAUGAUCAUCCAAUUCAAGAAGUGUUUGGAUUUCUUCGAGAGAACGCGCCCCGCUAUCGAAGUCCGCCUCCGCCACCAAUGCUACUUUCAAAUAGAAUACAAGGCACAACGUCCUCUGCACCCACGAACCCAUUUGCUCAGUUCAAUCCUUCUUAUGGCGCGCAUUUCCCCAUCGGUGGUGUAGCAAUAUGUGCCAUGGCUCCUCCUACUUGCGAAAAUUCGGUAUAUAGAACCAUGGAUGGAUCCUGUAAUCAUCUGGAUAACCCCGCAUUGGGAGUUGCGAAUUCAAGGUACGGACGCCUUUUAGCACCGAAAUACGGAGAUGGAAUUUCAUCACCAACGCGCACAUUAAUUGGAGAAGAUCUGCCAAAUGCGAGACUUAUUUCACUUGUUGUCUUCGGUGAGAUGGACGUUCCGGAUCCGCAAUUUACUUUAAUCAAUAUGCAAUGGGGUCAGAUAAUGACACACGAUAUGAGUAUGCAGGCAGGAGGAACGCAAGCCAGAAAACAUCCAACUCGAUGCUGUACUGACGAUGGUCGUUUAAUAGCAUCGAAUGAAGCUCCCACAACAUGCUAUCCUAUAAUUGUGCCACCCAAUGAUCCCGCAUACUCUCAAAUAGGAACUGAGUGUCUGGACUUCGUGCGAACACUAACAGAUCGUGACAUUAAAUGUCUAUAUGAACAAGGCCCAGCAGAACAGUUGACUGCUGUGACAUCAUAUGCUGAUCUCUCAUUAGUUUAUGGAAAUUCUAUACAACAAAAUAGUGAGAUACGGGCUUUUCAAGGCGGUCGCAUGUCAGUUGAUCAAAGGAAUGGUGCAGAAUACUUACCCCCUUCUCGAAAUGCUUCUAGCGAUUGUGAUUCUGCUCCACCUGGGGAGGUCUGUUAUCAAGCUGGUGACAUUCGUGUAAAUCAAAAUCCUGGUUUGGCGAUUUUACAUACUAUUUUACUCAGAGAACACAAUCGCAUUGCCGAUGUACUGGCAAAACUUAAUCCUCAUUACAAUGAUCGCACACUAUUCCAAGAGGCACGCAAAAUAAAUAUUGCUCAAUACCAACAUAUUAGUUACUACGAGUGGUUGCCCAUAUUCCUUGGAUCCGAAAAUAUGUUAAAAAACAGACUAAUUUACAAAACCUCAUCCAAAAAUUUCAUUAACGAUUUUGAUAGCGCAAUUGAUCCAUCAGUCUUGAAUGAACAUGCGACUGCUGCUUUUAGAUAUUUCCAUUCACAAAUAGAAGGUCGUCUUGAUUUGGUUUCUGAAUUGCGAUCAGUUUUUGGAUCACUUCGCUUAAGCGAUUGGAUGAAUCGGCCAUCCAUAAUUGAGGUCGGCGACAAUUUCGACUCAUUAACCCGAGGCCAUUCAACACAACCCGAGGAGCUUACCGACAUCAAUUUCGACAGGGAGAUAAAGCACUUCUUAUUGAGACGCAACAUGCCUUUCGGUAGUGAUUUGAGAGCAAUUGAUAUCCAGCGGAAUCGGGACCAUGGAUUGGCGUCUUACAACGAUUUAAGAGAAUUUUGUGGAGUAAAGAGAGCAAAUAGAUGGGAGGAUUACAGCGAUCUUAUUGAACUCGAUGUUAUUGAAAAAAUGAAAACCUUGUACGCAAGCCACGAGGAUGUGGAUCUGACGGUGGGAGGAGCUGUGGAGGCUCAUGUGGCUGGCACACUUGCUGGUCCUACAUUCCUCUGUAUUCUUACAGAACAAUUCUAUCGUACACGUGUUGGCGAUCGUUUCUGGUACGAAAAUGGUGGCUCAUUAACUGGUUUUACUGAAGAACAACUAUCUGAAAUUCGCAAAGCCAGCAUAGCCCGUUUACUGUGUGAUAAUGGAAAUCAAAUCGCAUCAAUGCAGCCACAAGCUUUCAUACUUGUUUCUAAAUCAAACCCCAUUGUGCCAUGCGCAGAUAUUCCUCAAGUAGAUUUGACAAAGUGGAUUGAUCAGAAACCAUUUGUGCGCACAAGUGAUACUUUAAACGCAAUUCCAUAUAAUUAUGGUAAAUGAUGUAUCAGGCCAAGUGUAAGCACUUACUUUGAAGAGUAUUAUUCAAUAUCAAUAUAUAGUAUAGAAAAAUUUAUCUACUUAUUUUAUA